AUGCAAGAAAAUGAGCUAAAUGGUCAUAUUCCUACAAGUCUUGGAUUUCUUGAAAAUCUAUGGAAAUUAAAUAUGUCUUAUAAUGGACUCACCGGAAAUAUUCCUAACAAGAUUUUCAACCUCCCUUCUCCUAUUGAAAUUGGUUUAGUUAACAACAGUCUCUCAGGAAGUCUACCUUUGGAUAUUUGCUACAAUCUUCCGAAGCUAGAGAGCCUAAGGCUUUCAGGGAAUCAAAUAAGUGGCAACAUUCCUCCAAGAUUAGGAACAUGCCUGAAUCUUAAAAUACUUUCUUUGUCGUUGAAUAAUUUUACUGGAAGCAUUCCGACGGAAAUCGGGAAUUUGUCAAAGCUUCAAGCUCUCUAUCUUGGAGGAAAUAAAUUGAUAGGUACGUUUAAAGCAUUAAUUUUCAUAGACAUAUAUGAUAUAUCUCCCAGUUCAUCAAAUAAUAUUUCCACAUUUUUUGAAAAUUGA